AUGCUGAGCAGCCCGACAGAUGGAGGAGCUAAGGAUGUGAGAGACACAGACAGACAGAGAGGGACCCAGAGUCAGGGAGAGGAGGAGCAGGCAGUGGAGGACGCCGGAGGACUGGCAGUCACACCACGCCACAAGCUGAGCAGCCAACCAGCAGAUGGACGGGGUUUCCGGGGGACUGAAAGACCCAGACAGACACCUGCCCGGUCCAAUUCAGAUACAAGCUUGUCCAUCACAGCAGUCCAAGGGGCUUGUAAACUCCUGGCCAGUGUCAUGGCUGUAUCCAGGAUCCAGGACAGGUACCUGCACGCCCUGUACCUGGGCCUGCAGAGUCGCUGGCGCGGGGAGCGGCUGCGGCGCCACUUCUACUGGCGGAUGCUGUUCGAGAGCGCGGACGUGAGCAUGCUGCGCCUGCUGGAGACCUUCCUGCGGAGCGCGCCUCAGCUGGUGCUGCAGCUCAGCCUGCUGGUGCACAGAGGCCGGGAGCCAGACCUGCUGCCCGCCCUCUCCACUUCUGCCUCCCUCGUGUCCCUGGCAUGGACUCUGGCCUCCUACCAGAAGGUGCUGCGGGACUCAAGGGAUGACAAGCGGCCCCUGUCCUACAAAGGCGCUGUGGCCCAGGUGCUGUGGCAUCUGUUCACCAUUGCAGCCCGCAGCCUGGCCUUUGCCCUCUUUGCCAGUGUCUAUAAACUCUACUUUGGCAUCUUCAUUGUGGCCCACUGGUGCGUCAUGACCUUCUGGGUCAUCCAGGGUGAGACUGACUUCUGCAUGUCCAAGUGGGAGGAGAUCAUCUACAACAUGGUGGUAGGCAUCAUCUACAUCUUCUGCUGGUUCAAUGUCAAGGAGGGGCGCAGCCGCCACCGCAUGACCCUGUACUACUGCAUUGUUCUGCUGGAGAAUGCUGUGCUCACUGGCUUCUGGUACUCCAACCGCAACUUCUCCACUGACUUCUACUCGCUCAUUCUGGUCUGUGUGGUGGCCUCCAGCUUUGCGCUGGGCAUAUUCUUCAUGUGUGUCUACUAUUGUCUCCUGCACCCCAAUGGGCCCAUGCUGGGUCCCCAGAUGCCUGGCUGCAUCUUCCGUGAGGCCUCAAGGCCCUGUGGCCCACCAGCUGACGCUAUCACAAGUCCUCCAAGGUCCCUGCCAAGGACUACAGGCACGGAGCGGGAUGGGGUCUCGGUGGGGGGUGAACGCCCAGGGACCCCCACGCCACCUGUCUUUCAGGUGCGGCCUGGCUUGCCUCCCACACCAGUGGCCCAUCCUGUGCGGACAGAGAGGCCUGUCAUUCGGAUUGACUUGCCUCGCAAGAAGUACCCAGCCUGGGACGCUCAUUUUAUUGACCGCCGGCUCCGGAAGACCAUUCUGGCACUGGAGUACUCCUCGCCUACCACACCCCGGUUGCAGUACCGGAGCGUGGGGACAACCCAGGAACUGCUAGAAUAUGAGACCACAGUGUAGGCCACAGUCUUUCCCAAAAGGGGGACAGACAUGACUGACCCCACAUCAACCACAGUGUUAACCUGGAGUUUGAGGGCCAACAGGCUAAGGGGAAAUGGAUCUGUUGGUCCCAGGAUAGAGUGGCCCCACCAUUGGGUUCUUUUAGGGGUGGGGGCAGCCCUUUAGGGGAGGCCUCAGUCCCAGGCCCUGUUUUCAGUGCUCUGGCCCAUUCCCGAAAGUCCCCUGAACCAGGGCCAAGGGAGUUGACUGGUGCUACAUUCCUCACAAGCUGCCCCAUUUUUACUGGGGCCUCCAUACCAUGCCUGAUGCAAGGGGCUGAUGCCCUUGCUCCUGCCUGGCAUUGCCCUCCUGGUACCCCUGGUGGA